AUGGCCGCUCUGAACAUGCUGUGGACAGGGCUGGCCCUGCUGGGGAUCCUGGGGGUCCUGCCGAUUCCAACCCAGGCCCAGGCCGCCCUGCAGCCCGACUUCCAAGAGGACAAGUUCCUGGGGCUCUGGUUCACCUCGGGCCUAGCCUCCAACUCGAGCUGGUUCCUGGAGAAGAAGAAGGUGCUGUCCAUGUGCAAGUCGGUGGUGGCCCCCGCGGCGGACGGUGGCCUCAAUCUCACGUCUACCUUCCUCAGGAAAGACCAGUGUGAGACCCGGACUCUGCUGCUGCGUCCUGCAGGCCCCCCAGGCUGCUACAGCUAUACCAGUCCCCACUGGAGCAGCAACCACGAGGUGUCGGUGGUGGAGACCGACUACGAGGCCUACGCCCUGCUCUACACCGAGAGCUUCCGAGGCCCGGGCCAGGACUUCUGCAUGGCCACGCUCUACAGCCGCACCCAGGCCCCCAAAGCUGAGAUCAAGGAGAAAUUCGCCACCUUCGCCAAGGCCCAGGGCUUCACAGAGGAUGGCAUUGUCUUCCUGCCACAGACUGACAAGUGCAUGGAGGAGCACACGUAG